AUGGAUAUCUUUAGUGAGUAUGCGGAGCAAACGGUGAUGGGAAAUUCAUUAGGCGCAGAGGCGGCUUGCUUUGGAGGGACCCUCGACUGGGGGCCACAGCGGUCAGAUUCAGUACCGAACUCGACACAAGCCAACCUCGCUCCGUUUUCGUCCAGCUUGGAAUCUGCCUCGUCGAGACAUGUCAGCGAAACCUUUCGUGGUCUCUGGAAGGAUUGUUCAGUCACUGCUAAAGACCAAAGCGUCUUUGACGAACACGUCUGGCGGCACACACAAUGUCCGAAGGUCGAAUGCCUAUCAUAUUUCACGGAUGAGAAAGAGAAACGAAGACAUGUCUGGACGACGCACAGGAAAUGGGCGCAGUCGAUAAAUUUCCCUAUGAUCGGUGGGAUAUGCGACCACUGUGGCGGGACUUUCACUCGGGAUGACAACUUGCUUCGCCAUAAGAGAAGGAAACAUAUUCCUUGA